UGUAGGAAGUGAUAUUUAGUUUAAAAUAAAUGUAUGGUUGUUUAUUUUUAAUAUCACUUCCUACCGCGUGGAAUUCCAAGACCCCGGGCUGAAAUUUUAAUAAUAAAAGGUGCAAUCGUAGAUUAAUGUAUUCAAUGUUGUGUAGGAUGGCGCCAAAGUGUGUGUGGAUGGGAGUUGCAAUGGUGUUAGCAGAGAUGAGGUGGUGUUAUGGUUGUUGGGAGCAAGAGAGAAUUGCUCUCUUACAGCUUAAGCCUUUCUUCGAUAGUUCUCUCACUCUGCAAAACUGGGCAGAUGCAGAGGAGGGCUCAGACUGUUGUCAAUGGGAAAGGGUCGAGUGCAGUAGCACCACAGGGAGAGUGACCCAACUCUCUUUAAAUAAUACAAGGGAUUUGAUUUCUGGGAAGUGGUAUCUUAAUGCCUCUCUGUUUCUUGCUUUUGAAGAAUUGACUAGUCUCUACUUGAUGGGGAACUUAAUACUGGGUUGUGAGACUGAAGGUUUUGAAAGAUUAUCAGCAAGAUUGAGCAAUUUGGAGGUUCUUGAUUUGAGUUACAAUUUCUUUAAUGAAAGCAUACUGCCUUCUUUGAAUGGAUUUUCAUCUCUCAAAUCUCUAAAUCUUGGAUAUAAUCAGUUUACACUACCAAUUCAAGCACAAGACUUGCCUAAUUUUGAGAAUUUGGAAGAUUUGUUCUUGGACAAGAUUUCACUCAACAAUAGCUUUCUUCAAAGAGUUAGAGUGAUGACUUCUCUAAAGGUUUUAUCACUGUCUGGUUGUGGACUAACUGGCUUAUUGCCAAAUGCUCAAGGACUCUGUGAAUUGAUAAAUCUUCAAAUGCUAGAUGUCAGCAACAAUGAUCUCCGGGGUACCUUGCCCUGGUGUUUGGUUAAUUUGAUAUCCCUUCAACAAUUAGAUCUCUCUUUCAAUCAAUUUGCUGGAAAUAUCUCCCACUCUCCCCUUAAGAAUCUUACUUCUCUUGUGGACCUAAAACUUUCAAACAAUCACUUCCAAAUACCAUUCUCAUUAGGUCCAUUUUUUUACCAUUCAAACCUCAGGCAAAUCAAUGGUCAGUAUAAUGAAAUAUAUGUGGAAACAGAGUUGCAUUCAUCCCCCAAAUUCCAGUUAAAUUCCAUCCUUCUGUCUGGUUGUGGAAAUUGUGGACCCUUUCCCAACUUUCUCUAUCAUCAACAUGACCUGCAAAUAGUUGAUCUCUCAAAUAUGACAUUGAAAGGGAGUUUUCCAAACUGGUUGUUAACAAACAACACAAGGUUGGAAGUACUUCAUCUAGUAAAUAAUUCUCUUUCAGGACAUUUGGAGCUUCCAUUUCAUCCUCAUAUUAAUCUGUCGGAAUUAGAUAUUUCCAAUAAUAAUUUCCACAAUCACAUUCCCUUGGAGAUUGGAUCAUAUUUCCCAAAAUUGAUAUAUUUAAACAUGUCCAAAAAUGGUUUUGAUGGUAGCAUCCCCUCUUCCUUUGGCAAUAUGAGCUCUUUAGAGAUUUUAGACUUAUCUGACAAUCAGCUGUCCGGGAUCAUACCUGAACUCUUAGCCAUUGGUUGUUUCUCGUUAGAUACCCUUAUAUUGUCAAACAACAAUUUGCAAGGUCACAUAUUCUCUGAACAUUUUAACUUGACAAAGUUGUGGUGGCUGCAAUUGGAUGGAAAUAACUUCAGUGGAAGGAUCUCCAAUUGCUUGUCCACGAGCUCUUUGUCAAUUCUGGAUCUCAGAGAUAACCAUCUCUCUGGAAGGAUCCCAGGGUGGAUAGGCAAUUUAUCAUAUUUGAGGGACUUGGUCAUUUCGAAUAAUCAUCUUGAAGGUCCUAUUCCACUGGAAUUUUGCCAACUCCAGUAUCUUGAAGUUUUGGACCUUUCAAAGAACAAUGUCUCUGGUAAUUUACCAUCUUGCUUUAGGCCUUCAUCAAUAAUACACGUUUACUUGUCUGAUAAUGGGAUAGAAGGGCCUAUGACAAAUGCACUUUCCGACGGUCGUUUCCUAACUACGUUUGAUCUUAGCAAUAACCGUAUGACUGGUAGAAUUCCAAAUUGGAUUGGUGGGCUUCCUGCAUUGAAAUUUCUUCUCCUGAAGAAUAACAAUUUUGAUGGUGAGAUCCCACUUCAAAUGUGUCAUCAGUUCUACCGAUUAAGUUUGAUAGAUCUUUCUCACAACAACCUUUCCGGUCCCAUUCCUUCUUGUCUUACACCUGAUCUUUCUGCUGAGCCUCCAGAUCCUAAUGAUGUUAGCUUUUUGGAUCCACCCUUCUUUCCCUUCUUUGAACCAAAAAGGCCUUUAAAAUUUACAACAAAACAUUUUUCCUAUUCUUACCAGGGGAAAAUUCUACGGCUUAUGUCUGGACUUGAUCUCUCAUGCAAUAAACUGACAGGCAACAUUCCCUCUGAAAUUGGAUACUUGAGUAGGAGCCACGUGCUAAAUCUCUCAUACAAUGGCUUUACAGGUCCAAUCCCUUCAACAUUUUCAAAUCUAGAGCAAAUUGAGAGCUUAGAUCUUUCCUACAACAACUUGGAGGGGAAUAUCCCUUUUCAGCUUACCAAGUUAAACUAUUUGUCAGUUUUUAGCGUGGCACACAACAACCUAUCUGGAAUGACACCUGAAAGAACUCAACAAUUUGCAACAUUUGAUGCAAGUAGCUAUGAGGGAAAUCCUUACCUCUGUGGAUUGCCAUUGCCAAAAAAUUGCACUUCAUCUACUGAAUCAUUAUCUUGGCCUAGAGCUUCAGCAAUGGAUGAAGAUAGUGGUUUUCUUGACAUGAAUGUAUUCUAUGCGAGUUUCACAGUUUCUUACAUAUUUGUGCUACUAGGAAUCUUCUUAGUUCUGUGCAUAAAUCCUCAAUGGCGACAUGCAUGGUUUUAUCUAAUUGAAAUGUGCAUUAGCUCUUGCCAGUACUCUGUUGUAAGCAAUAUGCCUAAGCUAUUCUGUCAUGGAAACAAAUAGCUGCCACAUUCUUCUUGGAAUUAAGAGAUUGCAUUUUGUAUUAUUCAACUUCUCAAGCUCUGAGAGAUUGCAAUAUUAUUUAUUAUAUCA